AUGAAUAGCUUCCUGGGGCUGUGUGGCUACUAUGCCCACUUCAUCGAUGGCUAUGCCGAGAUCGCCAGGCCACUGAGGAACGCUGCACUGUCACCCGGGAAACUGGUGUGGACGGCGGAGAUGCGCCAGGCUUUCGCUCAGCUCAAGAGCAUCCUGGCUUCGCCCCCCGUGUUGUCUCUGCCUCGUUUCCGCGGCAUGUUUGUGCUGUAUACGGACGCGUGCAACACGACGGUGGGGUCCGUCCUGACGGAACGGAUCGAUGGCGAGGAGCGUGUCAUAGCCUACGACAGCAAGGUCCUCACAAAGCAGCAGGUGAAGUGGCCCACUUAUGACAAGGAGUUGUGGGCUGUCGUCCACGCUAUCAGACGCUUCCGUCAAUACACCACAGGCGCCAAGUUCCUGGUCGUUACCGACCACAAACCUCUGGCCAACAUCCCUCAGUCCAUUGCGGUGGAACGUGACGGGACGGGACGGCGAGGCCGUUGGGCCAUCGAGCUAAGCUCGUUUGAAUUUGAUGUCGAGAUCAAGGCUGGAGUGGAACACCGCAACGCUGACGCUCUAUCCAGGCGGCCAGCUGAGUCCGGAACAGUGGAAGUGCCGACUCCUGAAGUGGCUGUCGCCUCCGUAUCUGGCGCUAAGGCGUCCGUAGCAGCGUCCCGCUUCCUGGAGGAUAAACCUCGCUCCGGCGGUACGUUUUCAGGCGUGUGUCCUGACCCAGAUCGCGCCGGAGGAGUAGAGACCCAGGUGAUGUCUCGUGCCCUGAAGGGCAGUCCUGUCCCUGGUGGUACGGAUACAGGCGUGUGUCCUGAUCCAGACCACACAGUCCAGGCACAGGUGACAGGCGACGCUCAGGGUAUUCGUCAAGCUCAGGAACAGGACUACGCUUUGCAGCAGAUCCGCAGCCGGCUGGAGAGUGGGGAGACACCAGAUCGGAGCAAGAUGGGAGCCUGGGGGAAGGUGCUGCUGCCCCGCUGGAGGGACGUCGAGCUGCGCGAUGGAGUCAUCGGACUGGCGACGGAUCGCCUUCAUUCUGACCAAGGGCGGCAGUUUGAGUCCCGAGUGUUCCAGGCCAUGUGCCAGAGACUAGGUAUCCACAAGACCCGAACUACGCCGUACCACCCCGAAAGCGACGGCAUGGUAGAAAGGUUUAACCGGACGCUGAAGGACAUGAUCAGCAAAUACGUCGAUGCUGAGGGGCUGCAUUGGGACGUCGACAUCAAGGCGUACUCAAUGGCCUACAAUUCAUCAAUCCACAGUGCAACCGGGUACACACCCUUCUAUCUGGUGCAUGGGUACGAACCGCGGAUGCCGCUGGACGUCGAGUACGGACCUGCCGUCGAAUCCGUGCCGGUGCACAGCUACCUCGAGGACCGACUCCGCUCCAUGCGUGCCGCGUACAAUCAAGUACGAAGCAACUCGGCUCGAGCCGCCAAGGAAGCCGCUGAGAGGUAUGACGCGAAGCAGUGUGCCGAAGAGUAUCGGAUCGGGGACAAGGUCUGGACCCGAGACUUCAGGGCCGCAGCUGGCGGUAAACCCAAGCUGGGCUUACCAUUCACCGGUCCCUCUACCAUCAUUGGUAAGGUCGGGGCCCCCGGGAAGGAGGUCGCCUAUAAGGUGGCCAACAAGGACGGCAAGGUGUCCGCGUAG